UCAAAAUUUCGACCGACAGCGUAAUUUUUAUUGCGUUAGAAAAUAGCGAAAAACUGCGACGGCUCUCUUUUGAAGCCUUCUCUCUCAUUAUUUUGCGUCUGUCAAAAUUUUGAAUUUUUUUCUUUAUGGCAUAAAUUGAAGUGCUCGUGCAUAAUUAUUAAUCAUAAAUAAUUGAUCGUAAUUGUUUUGAACAUGAUUUUCGAAUACGUCAAUAAACACGCGAGUGCCGAAGUAAAAUAUCAUGCUCUUUAUGGGUUUUACCACUUGGGUUUGACGAAAACUCAAUUGGGAAAAAUUUACAGAAAAGACAUAACCACAAUUACAAACUGGAUACAGCGAUACGAAGAAAAUGGAUCUGUUCAGAGAAAGACAACCGUACGGAAACCAACGAAAUUCGAAGAGGAAAAAAUCAAGUGGCUGCUGGACCUAUACAAUGCAAAUCCAAUAUUAUAUCUCGAUGAGGCAAAACAAAGGUUCGAGCUAAAUUUCGGAGUGAACAUUUCGGCAUCAUACAUAUGCCAAAUCUUACAUGACAACAAUAUGUCCUGGAAAACCUUGGAGGUUCGUGCCAUACAAAUCAAGGACAGCGAAAUCGAAAGAUUUUUUUAUGAGCUGAAUGCCAUUGAUUGGACCUACAGCAACCUUGUGUUUCUCGACGAAGUUGCAAUGGACAACAGAGGACUCUUACGGCGAAAGGGGUAUGGAAUAAUCGGAAAGAAAUUGUUGUACAGAGGGGAGUAUGUGAGACGUCCACGAUUGUCCUUCCUGUGCUUCCUUGGACAAACUGGAAUCUUGGACACAUACAAGACGGAAGGAACUUUUACGCGAUUAAAGUUCUUUGAAUGCUGCAAAGAAUUUGCUUUAGGGGGCACUUGUCAAACAUAUCCAGGCAAAAACAGCGUUUGGAUUCUUGACGGUGCAAAGAUCCAUUGCCACCCAAGCAUAAUUCGGUAUUUACGUUCGAUCGGUAUUUUGCCCAUUUUCCUUCCGCCAUACACACCGUUCUUCAACCCGAUUGAAGUCAUCUUUGGCAUCAUCAAGAGACAUUUGAAGAGACGAUUCGGAGCGAGUUCAAAAAAUAUGGAAUUGAAGGUCAACGAGGAAUUUACCAACAUGAAAAAUUUCAACUGCAGAAAAGUAUUUAAGAACUGUGGCUACGUUCUGAGUGGGAAAUUUAAUCCAUCUGUUGCGUACAAUCAAGAACUCGAGCUAUUUGAUUUCGAAUGAUAUUUAUUACUGCAAGCUGCCCUCGUAGGCCUUCU